AUGAAAAUACCAUCUUUAGUGGGUCCUGACGGGAAAACAUCCCUCCGGGAAUACGCGGGGUAUCAUGGCGGCGGCGGAGGGUUUGGUGGUCAGUUGCGGGGCUGGAAUCCACCAAGCGAAAGUGCUGAUGCGGCUCUUCUGCCUAACUUCUCGCGCGGAAAUGCCCGUGCUGACGAUCUGGUCAGAAAUAAUGGCUAUGCGGCAAACGCCGUGCAGCUCCACCAGGACCACAUCGUCGGGUCAUUUUUCAGACUCAGCUAUCGACCGAGCUGGCGCUAUCUUGGCAUCAAUGAGGAGGAUUCACGCGCAUUUUCGCGGGAUGUAGAAGCCGCCUGGAACGAGUAUGCCGAGGACGACUUUUGCGGGAUUGAUGCCGAGCGUAAGCGAACGUUUACGAUGAUGAUCCGAGAAGGUGUGGCCAUGCACGCGUUUAACGGUGAAUUAUGCACGCAGGCGACCUGGGACAGCGAUUCAACGCGUCUUUUCCGUACUCAGUUCAAAAUGGUCAGUCCGAAGCGCGUCAGCAAUCCGAAUAAUAUCGGUGAUACCCGGAACUGUCGCGCCGGUGUGAAAAUAAAUGAUAGCGGUGCUGCGCUGGGAUAUUACGUCAGCGACGAUGGUUAUCCCGGCUGGAUGGCGCAGAACUGGACCUACAUUCCUCGCGAACUACCCGGCGGUCGACCUUCAUUUAUCCAUGUAUUCGAACCGAUGGAGGAUGGACAGACCCGUGGGGCCAAUGCGUUUUACAGCGUGAUGGAGCAGAUGAAAAUGCUCGAUACCCUGCAAAAUACCCAGCUCCAGAGCGCGAUAGUGAAGGCUAUGUAUGCCGCUACCAUCGAGAGUGAACUGGAUACCCAAUCGGCGAUGGACUUUAUUCUCGGCGCGGAUAAUAAAGAGCAGCAGAGCAAACUUACGGGCUGGCUCGGUGAAAUGGCGUCCUAUUACUCAGCUGCGCCUGUUCGCCUGGGUGGGGCAAGGGUUCCACACCUGUUGCCGGGUGAUUCUCUCAACCUUCAGUCGGCGCAGGAUACCGAUAACGGCUACUCGACUUUUGAACAGUCCCUGCUGCGUUAUAUUGCCGCUGGGCUUGGUGUGUCGUAUGAGCAGCUUUCGCGAAACUAUUCGCAGAUGAGCUACUCGACCGCACGCGCAAGUGCUAACGAGUCCUGGGCGUACUUUAUGGGGCGUCGCAAGUUUGUGGCAUCCCGACAGGCCUGUCAGAUGUUUCUUUGCUGGCUUGAAGAGGCGAUUGUCCGCCGCGUGGUCACGCUUCCUUCGAAAGCCCGGUUCAGUUUCCAGGAGGCGAGAACAGCCUGGGGGAAUGCCAACUGGAUUGGCUCUGGUCGAAUGGCAAUUGACGGGCUGAAAGAGGUACAGGAGGCCGUCAUGCUCAUUGAGGCAGGUCUCAGCACGUAUGAAAAAGAGUGCGCCAAACGCGGUGAUGAUUAUCAGGAGAUUUUUGCCCAGCAGGUCCGGGAAACCAUGGAGCGUCGUGCUGCGGGUCUGAAACCACCGGCAUGGGCCGCUGCAGCUUUUGAGGCCGGAGUGAAAAAAUCAAACGAGGAGGAGCAAGAUGGCGCACGAGCUGCGUAA